CGACAGAAGGAGCCCAUGAUCUAAAUGUUUAAAUCAUUAUGGUGUGCGUUGCUGUGUGGCACAGUGUGAAGAACAGGGUUUAGAUUGAGGCGGCGGCGAAGGAGGAGCAGACAGCCUCCGUAUAGCAUGUGCAUUUCCUGAACGCAAGCGCACAUCCAGCUACCGCGCAGAGAGGUGUUGAUUGUCGGCGGCGGAGGUCUGGAAGGUGCACUGCUGUCGCUCAGCUGUCUCUCCUCCUGUCACCCUGGGGGAGGGAGCGACACAGAUAGAGAGAGAAGUUUCCUCCGCUCUUGGCGCACGGUCACACAUCGUUCACUUUCACGCGAUGGCACGCCUGCAUCCGCGUGCAGCGCUGUUGCGUUCGGAGCUCCGCCGUUUCCAGGAGAUCUGAGAAAUCUCCCCCCUCACCUCUCCACCCCCCCCCCCCCAAAAAAGUGGCACCAAUGGCUGAUUUUGGAGAGAACAAGAGCGCCGUCGGUCCACCGGUUGCUGGCUGGAAAGCUGCGUCAGGAGGAGCCGGAACGAGCCUGGAGACGCACCGGGGAGAGCCGGUGUCAAACGGAAACUGCAGCGUGUCAGACACCGUCAAGAGGGUCCAAACGGAAUCCAGCUGCGAGUCACCGACGUGGGAGAGCGCGGGUUCAGAUCCAUCCUCCAAAGCAAUCCCUCGACGCAGCAGUCUGAUCAAGGAUGGGUCACGUGCCGGUCGGGAGAGGAAGAAGACAGUGUCCUUCAGCAGCAGCCUAUCAGAGAAGAAGAUCAGCAGUGCUGCAGACUGUAUCCACUCCAUGGUUGAGGGGAGUGAGCUGAAGAAAAUCCGAACCAACUCACGUGUUUACCUGCGUUACUACCUGUUGGAUGCAGGCCUUCAGGCUCUAUGCUGGGAGCCGUCCAAGAAGGAGUCAGACAAGGCCCGCAUUUCUCUGGACUGCAUUCGAGAGGUGCGGACAGGUCGUAACACAGAAACCUUCCGCACCAGCGGCGUUUAUGAGCAGAUUUCAGAGGACUGUGCGUUCUCCAUCAUCUAUGGAGAGAUGUAUGAAAGCUUGGACCUGGUGGCCAACUCUGCUGAAGUGGCUAACAUUUGGGUGACUGGCCUGAGGUAUCUGAUGCAGUAUGGGAAACAUGCCCUGGACAUGCUCGCCAGCAGUCAGGACAGCCUUCGUCUUGGCUGGCUGGAGAAGUUGUUCUCCUCUGCUGCUGAUUCGGGAAGACAGGGAGAUAUGGAGGAAGGGAUCUGCUUGCAGUCAGCUGUUAGGUUGAUACAGAGCGUGAACCCUGGGGUGGGCAGCAGCAAAGUGGAGCACAGGUUUAAAGAGCUUCAAAGAGGUAGGGAGAAGAUGUGUGGGCUUACUCUAGAUAAUGAAUCAGGAGUGAAAGAUCACGGUGAAAACAAAAGACUAAUCGCAAGAAAUGAGCAAGUCACCAAGCAGGAGUUCAUCGAGGUCUUCCAUGACUUUUGCACACGUCCGGAGAUCUACUUUCUGUUGGUGCAGUUCUCUAGCAACAAGGAGUUCCUGGACACCAAAGACCUGAUGAGGUUCCUCGAGGCUGAGCAAGGCAUGGCUCAGGUGAGCGAGGAGACCAGCCUGAAGCUCAUCCAGUCCCAUGAGCCAUCAGAGGAGGGCCGGCAGCAAGGAUACCUGUCACUAGACGGCUUCACCAGCUACCUCACCUCAGCAGAGUGCCACCUCUUUGACAGGGAGCACGACACUGUGUGCCAGGACAUGUCUCAGCCUUUGUCUCACUACUACAUCAACUCCUCCCACAACACCUACCUCAUCGAGGACCAGUUUCGAGGUCCAUCUGACAUCUCUGGCUACAUCCGUGCCCUUAAAAUGGGUUGUAGAUGUGUGGAGGUGGACGUCUGGGAUGGCCCUGAUGAGGAGCCGGUGGUGUGUACUGGACACACCCUCUCACCACCACUGUCCCUGCGUUGUGUGCUAGAAGCAAUUGGAAAGUUUGCUUUUGUGGCCUCGCAGUACCCAUUAAUUGUAUGUGUUGAGAACCACUGUUCACCUCAACAACAGAGAGUGAUGUGGCAACAUCUUGUGAGGAUACUAGGAGAUAAGUUAUACACAAAACCCCCACAUGAAGGGGAGUCAUACCUACCAUCGCCGCAUGCCCUAAGGCAUCGAAUCCUGUUAAAGGGUAAGAAGUUGGGGCCAGGUCCUGAUGGGGAGGAUGGGGAGGUAAGUGAGGAGGAUGAAGGGGCAGAGAUGUGUCAAAGGAUGAAAGCAGCUAACAGUGGAGGAGCAGGAAAUGAGAAGGACGUGGUGCAGAAAAGUGUCUCUUUCACAGUUGUCACUCAGUGUAAUCCUCUUCAUCUUCUUCCCAAACGUUUCCAACUCUUGAAGGAGCUCUCUGAUCUGGUAACUCUUUGCCGCUCAGUCCGCUUCAUUGACUUCCCAACUUCAUCCAAAUGCCAGAAGCCUUGGGAAUUGUGUUCCUUACAUGAGUCACAGGCCGUGCGUCUCGCUGGCGAGAGCCCUGGCGACUUUGUCAAUCACAACAAGCAUUUCCUGUCACGGGUAUACCCCAGCCCCAUGCGUAUUGACUCAAGCAACAUGAACCCUCAGGACCUGUGGAAGUGCGGUUGCCAGAUUGUGUCUAUGAAUUUUCAGACAGCAGGACUGAUGAUGGACCUGAACACGGCCUGGUUCAGACAGAAUGGGAGCUGUGGUUAUGUUCUGCGGCCAGCCAUCAUGCGGCAGGAGGUGUCUUAUUUCAGUGCCGAUACCAGGGACACGGUGCCUGGGGUGUCUCCACAGCUGCUGCAUGUGAAGGUGAUAAGCGGCCAGAACCUACCCAAGCCGAGGGGCUCGGGGGCCAAAGGGGACGUGGUGGACCCCUAUGUGUAUGUCGAGAUCCACGGCAUCCCAGCUGACUGCACUGAGCGCCGCACCAGGACGGUGACACAGAACGGGGACAAUCCCGUCUUCGAUGAGAGCUUUGAGUUCCAGAUCAACCUGCCGGAGCUCGCAAUGGUUCGCUUUGUGGUGCUGGAUGACGACUUCAUAGGGGAUGAGUUCAUAGGUCAGUACACCAUCCCUCUGGAGUGUCUUCAACCAGGCUACCGACACGUACCGCUCCAGUCUCUGACAGGGGAGGAGCUUCCCCAUGCCAAGCUGUUUGUCCAUGUGGCCCUGACCAAUCGCAGAGGAGGGGGAAAGCCUCACAAAAGGGGACUGUCUGUGAGGAAGGCCCGCAAGGGGAGGGACUACACAGCUCUGAGGGACUUGGGGGUCCGAGCUGUGGAUGAGGUUUUCAAGAUGGCUGCUCCUCCGCUAAGAGAAGCCACUGACCUGAGGGAAAACAUGCAGAACUCUGUAGCACUGUUCAGGGAGCUGUGUGGGGUGUCGGCGGUGGCUAACCUCAUGCAGUGUGUCCUAGCUCUGGGCUCCAGGGUGUCAGGACCAGACGGGGCACCUUUACUACUGUUUGACCUCCGGGACCACUACCCCACACUGGAGCCUCAGGGCCCCCUGCCUGAUGUCCUUCGCCGGGUCGUCUCUACUUAUGAAAUGAUGGUCCAGGCGAGCAGAGCGGUGAUGGAGCUCUCUGAUGGAAUCGCCGACAGGAUCCUGCAUAUACAGACAAUGGCCAUGGAGUUUCAUGAGAAGCUGCAGAGUCUGGCAGCGAAGGAGGGGCUGAGGGGUCGCAAGGUCAGUCGGGCGCUGGAGAGUUUCAGCUGGAACAUCACCAUCCUUAAGGGUCAGGCUGACCUGCUGAAGCAUGUCAAGGCUGAAGUCCAGGAGAACAUGAAGCAGGUCCAUGACGCUGCUUUGACUGGAAACCUCACCAAAGAGAGUCUAGGGAUAAGAAGGGUCCGCUCUCAAACACGACGAGGCCAGGAUGACAAACCCAAUACGAGUGCUAGAGGACCCUCAGCAUAGCAAGCAAAUGAAAGAGGACAUGACCAAAUUGCCAUCGUAGCUGCUGUGACAAACCCUUUCCAUGUUAUUAAAAGUUCCAAGGUUUUACUCCGCCUUAGUGUCAGACUUUCAUAAUGCUAUGGGAGAGCUAUAGCGAGUACUGUGUUUUUAAAAGAGAAGAACAGAAGAGUUGAUGAAUGUAAAAGUCUUCAAAAUGCAGCCAUUGUCCACCCACCUCUCGUGGAUGACACUUGAGAGCCGCCAAAGUGCAGGAGCGCUGCUGAGAGGAGACAGGAUAAAUGACACCGGGGGGAUGAAUGUAGUUAGAUGUGAAGCCAAGGUUGAGUUGUUUGUGCUGCAUUAAACUGUAAAUACAACAAAUGUCUAUCAACCUCUCCUUAUGUGCAAUGUGUCCGGAAGAGGGAGGAAAAAAAUUGUCAUUUUUCUAGCACAGUGUGCGAUGACUCAAAGCUCAGCCAAAAGACGUUUCAGAUCUUUUGAAAACUUUUUGAAAAACUGCCACCUCCACAUGUUAGCGGCUUGUGCUUUACGCUAUCGUCUAGCAAUAUCGAGCAAGGAUUCAGACACAGAUCACACGUUCUUGAUUAUAGAAAUGGGAGAUUAGCAGGAAUCUGUGGAUGUUUAUGGUAUUGUAAGAUUAUAUCUCUUGGACCAGUGCAGCCCCUUUAUAUCACUCUUCACCUUAUCUCCAUUAAAGGGACAGUUCACCCUCAAAUCAGAAAACCUGCAGUGCUAUUUGUCAAUCUAGAUUGCUCUGGUGUGAGUUGCCGAUUGUUGGAGAUAUCAGCCGUAGAGACGUCUGCCUUCUCUCCAGUAUAAUGGAACUAGAUGGCACUUGGCUUGUCGUGCUCAAAGGGCCUCAAAAAUACAUCCAACUCAGCAGCAAUGUCUCUUUCCAGAAGUUACCCAAGAUAAUCCACAGACCUAACUACACCAGCCGACUGUAUUGCAGCCGACUGCGCAGAAGGUAGAGUGCAUCUACUCAUGAAUAAAAGGCCUCUGCUCGUGACAGUGCGAGAUGAAAACAUUAAUGGUGUCCUCCUUGGCUGAGCUGUAAUGUUAGUUAGCUCAAUGGUGCUAGGCGAGCUAGCAGUAGAUAGCUUCCUUCUGCGCAGUGGCACAGUUAACAGGUGUAGUUUGUCAGACAAAAAGGAAGGUAACCAGGUCAUGAUUUCUGGAGAGACGUUGCUUUUGAGUUUUUCAAAUGCAUUUUUAGGCGCUUUGAGCACAGCAAGCCGAGUGCCAUCUAGUUCUAUUACACUGAAGAAUAGGCAGACAUCUACAAUGGCUGAUUUCUCCAACAAUCAGCGACUUACACCAAAACAAUGUAGAAUAAUAAACAGCACUACAGGUAAGAGGAAAAAUAUGUUAAUUUCAUGUUGGGGUGAACUGUCCCUUUAAGCAUUUGUAGGUCCUGGAUUACUACUUUUCAUCCAAUCACCUCAAGGUCCUUUGUCUUGCCACGAAACCCCUACUUUACCCUCUAAAUAUUGUCAUCUCACAUACAGUAUUCUAUAUUUUUGUAUUUUCCUGAAGCCCUUGUGCUGAUUACACCACCGUUACCCAUCACAACGAUCAACUCCAGACCUGUAAAUGUCUGCCUCUAGGGAACAAAUACUGUUAUGUUAAAAGUGCUUACUUUGUGUGCAAAACACUGUACAGUAUUUUACUAUGUAAUUCCAAUCCUUUUGCUGUAAAGAAUAUUUUACAUAAGUUAUUGAUCCUGAAUGAAACAUUCCAGUUAUCAGUGCAGUGGAUGAGGUUCGACCUGUUCGGCUCUGUAAAAGGUUGCAGUUCAUGAUUACCUUUCUUCACAGUCGGGAUGGAAAUAAACUAGUUUUUAAAUUA